GAGAGCGAGGGCGACGCCUGGGCAGUCAUCAUCGUCGGGGAGGACGCCAGCUUCACUGUCCAGGGAGCCAUAGUCGGGAAUCAUAAAUAUGGUUCUACUAUUGGAGCCAGCGGCCACAGCAUCUCGAAAGCUACGUCGACCACCGUCGAGAUUGCCGCCCUCAUCUGGGCCUUCGCCUACGUCAUCUACCUUGACCACGACAACAUCACUACCGUAUAUACUGAUUCAUUGGGAGCCCUGCACUUGGCUAUUCGGCAUGCCUUCACCGACCACGACGCCGAGCUUGCGAAGACUCUCUGCUUUUUCUACGACAUCGUGAAAGACCGAAUCGAGCUCAGAUACGUCCACGCCCACGAGCAUAACCCGUGGAACGAACUCGCAGACGCGGCAGCUAACCGCGCCCGCCUACAAUCCGUCGCACACACCAUGCCAGUCUCGAGUGAUGCGAUGGACGUCGCGUGCCAGGGAGACUGGGAGUUCCUCAUCGAAGCCGAUGUGAACACAAGGGGAGCAUGCCCGAAGCUGAUGAACGACCACCUGCGCGCGCCGAAGUUCUCGACGACUGCCAACAAGGAACGCAUCCAUCGAGACGCCGACGAGAAGAAGAGGGAUACAGAGGUCACGGUCACUUUCGCCACCUACAACUUCCACACAGGACGCCAACGGAGUCCAGGAGCAAUAACAAGGCAUCAAACUAUAUCCCGCCUAAAGAAGGUGAUGGCCGCGAUCUACGACGAAGACAUCCAUGUCAUUGGUAUUCAAGAGUCCUGUGCCGUCUUCGGCCUUAGGGGCUCGACCGAGGCAGCCUGUGUCAGCGCCAACAGCUACCGCGUCAUCGCAAGCGGCCACAAAGAUUCCUUCUGGGGCGCGCUAUUCGAGCUUGCCAGGCAGCACCGCAUCUCGAUGAUGAGGAUCGACGCCAACGCUCGGGCGGGUUUCAUAUCCAGCUCAGCAAUCGGCCCAGCCGGCCUAUCGCAGCAAGAAGAUGACAACGGCACGAGAUUCCACGAGGUCCUCCUCGCUCAUAAUCUGUCAGCGGCCAAUGCUUUCCAGAGUGGAGGGGACAAUCGCCGCGCGUGGAGUUCCAACGCCAGCCCACACCGCAUCGACUACACCGUUAUCGAGAUGGACAUGCCCAGCUGCAUCACGGAGUGUUCCACCAUGUACGGCAUCGACAGCGACGACAUCCUCGAGAAGAAGGGCGACCAUCACCCAGUCCGUGCCACGAUACAGUACCAAAUCAACACCACGAGGACGACCAAAACAAGAAUGAAUUACUUCAUCAACAUCCUUGCCAACGACGCCCUGCUCCCAGACCCCGGCGACGGCAUCUACCUCCUGGACCUGCCGAGCUACGUUUCCUUGGUCCUCACGAGCAAGACCGACAUCGCUGACCACGCUCUCAGGUUGUACGGCUCGAUCGAGCACGCCAAGGAGACCACUGCCGACGGAGUGGCAAGGUACUGCAACCAGCACAACCACGACAACCCUGACCCACUCAUUAGCAACAUCAGGACCAUCGGGCAGCUCACUACAAUACUGGCUGGAGCACGCCCAGGAAGACGUGGGGGCUUAGAUGGCAUCACAGACGACAUGGCAAAGGCAGCCCCAUCAUCGCUGGCCCGACUAAUUCACCCCAUCCUAGUCAAGGCGCAGGUGCAGUCCAUCGAGCCACUAGCAGCGAACUGCGAUUUCUCGACACAAUUCUACAAAGGAGCAGGAGCCCUUGACAAACAGCAGUCCUAUAGAGGUAUUUCAAUGAUGCUGAGCAAUACCAUCGGCAAGAUGCAUUCCUCCUUCCUGCGAUCCAGGGUCAAGAAGCUGCUCCCCUCUAUCCUCAGCGCGGCCCAGUGCGGGGCGCGACUCCGCAUGGCCACGGACUUCGUUACUCGCGCCAUCCUGGCCUUCGUCGCGAAGCAUUUCCACUCCGUGACCAGGGAGUUCACCAUGGGGCUUCCCGCUGCCACCGUGGAGCUUGACGACCUCAUUGACAAGAUCGGUAUCCCACCGUGGCUCAGACCAGUCCUGGCGCAGAACUUGCAGCGCCCAGAAGAUGCUAUUCAAAAGAUCGAGGACGAACACCUCUGCGAGAUGAUCUCGGACCACCGCGCCCCCAAUUGGAUGGCAGCCCGAGGGGCCGCGCACUAUCCGGGGCCAACCGCGGAAACCCGACCGGGAGUACCCUUCUCCGGCGUAGCUUUCAACGUGCACUUCGCCGUGCCCCUGCGCGCGAUUGAUAAGGGCGCCAACUCCCAGCGCGACAACUACGACGGCCAUCCUAUCCCGCCCUGCCCGAACCCAGUAUUCGCUCAAGGGCAACACGACGGAGACGCACUACUUCAGCUAUCCUAUGUUGACGACCUCACCAGGGUCAUAUCUACAGCCAACACUACAGACCUGGUUGACGCGACAACCGCGGUAGCCACCAACAUUUGCCAGACUGCCUUCUCUUUCGGUCUCAAGCCGCACCCCGAAAAGACAAAGGUUAUUCUCAAUUUCUACGGCAACAUUGCAGGGGCGGAAAAGCAGAUAAUGGCAACGGGCCGCAUCGGCACCCUCGGCCUCCCUGCCAUCAAUAUAAAGCUGAAGAUCACCGACCAGCAGAAG